GAUUAAUUUAAAAGAAGCUGUAAAGCAAAAUAUUUUUUAUCGAGUUUACUUUAGAAUAUUUUCAAGUCUCUCCAAUAGCGAAAAAUAAUUGCGUAUUUUUAUUGCCUUAAUGUGACUUACAAGAGUAUACUUGGGCUCCAAUAUUUAGAGAAAUAUAAAUAUAAAAAGUCGGCAGCUAUAUAUUGUUAUAGUUAUCCCAGGUAGUAAGAGAUACAACAAAAAAUCUCGCGUUUGUCGUCAUUUGUCUCAUCAGUCUUAUCUAACUCGCGUUUCCAAAGUGUCAACUGCUUUACGAAUUUAAAUGUGUGCACGUAGCCUUUUUUUCUCGAAAAAAUACUCGAUAUCUUUCUUUUGCCAUAAUUGUGUUCAUAGUAUGACACGAACAAAGAAUAGUUUUUUAAUGCGUAGCGUUAAGUGAAUCAUGUCAGAUACGUUAUAUCGAGAAUGUAGUAAAAAAAUCAGCAUCGUCAAUUAAUCCGAUUAAUCGCUCGCGUAAUGAUUUAUUCGAAGCAGCGUGACGCUUUAGGGCGCAAUGUCGGAGACUAGUAGAAAGAAACGGCGCUUUAGUUCCUUAUUUCUUGUACAGUCAAACUUCCUAUUCUUAUUUCCAUAUUUUCUAUUCUUUCUUCCUCUCUCCCCCCUUUCUUGCCCCGCUCUCUCGUUACUUUAUGUUUGACUUUCGCAUGCAAAGAGCGAGGCAACGGAAAAGGAAAAUCGGGGAAAGAAUAGGAACUAUAUGUAGCAGGAAAGAAUAAGAGAGGCUCGACUAUACAUUUAUGAAAAAUUUCUUGAUUGCACGAGAAAAAGUAGACAACGAUGUUAUAGGCCUGGAAAUCUGUCUGAUCGGCCACGGUCUUCCGCUUGUUAUGUAUGUGUUUUCUAUCGAUAUACAUAUUUUAAAAUAAAUAUAUAUACAUCAAUACUCUUUUUUUUUAUUAUCUCUUCUAUCAUCAUCGCUCUGUCAUCUCUCGCGAAUGCGUUGUCAGCAAAGAUCUUGAAAUUAGUUAACUAGAUGUUCGCUUUUCUAUUUUUUUUUCUCAUGACGUAAGGUCGAAUCCGCGUGUUACCGGCAAUAAAAAAAUUAGAGAAUUUCGAAAAUCGAAGAAACUAUGGCUAACUUGCUGAUGAAUCCUGCCAAAUUGCGCUUUUACAAGGAGAGAUACGAGAGAGAGAACAAAUUGAUAAGUGUGCGAGAAACAUUUACACCUACUAUUCGAACGAAAUCGUUGACCGGCAAGUUUUAUGCGAAACAUGACGUUAUUCCACCGUGGGAAAUUCGACAGGAGGACGUCGAUUUGAUCAAACGACAGGAGAUGACGCCUAAGAAUAUCUAUUCGUUUAGGCCACCGGCGGUGAACAUGGAAUAUGGCUGGUUCUCUGCACCGUUAAUACCUAUCACGAGGGAUCUGAGAUUGCGUUUCCCCAGGAAACAAUCAGAUUUUGUAACAUAUGAGCUCGCACGAAAACUGCACAAAGGUUUACCGGAGAAAAAAUUUGCCGGCGUACCGUUUAGAACAUAAAUAUUCAAGAUACUUUGUAUGAUUUAAAAUAAAGAUGAAACAUCAGCUUGAACGUGUUCGGCGA